GCCUGCCGUUGUCAUUUGGAAAUGGCACACCAUCAAAGUGGGGAAUAAUUCCAGCCCACACCACUCUCUACCACGCCUUUGUCAUUUGGAAAUGGCACACCAUCAAAGUGGGGAAUAAUUCCAGCCCACACCACUGUCCGGUCAUUCUCCCAAACUUUUUUCUGACUACUCUUCACAGUUCUCCUUUCGCCCUCCUGCAUCACUAUUUUAGUCACAGUCUAGACUCUAGAGAGCAUAUAUUUUGCAUUGUAACCUUGUAUACAGAGAGAGACAGAGAGAGAGAGGGAGAGGGAGAUGAAAACAGAAGUUCCAAUCCAACGCAAAAUUCGUCGCUCAAAGAGACAACGUAAGCUCGCAAAACGACGAGUGAAAAAAAGGGCGAAGAAGCAAGUUAAAGAAGAAGGGGUAAGCCCACUGGUGGAGAAGUACUGGUUACGGAGGUACGAUCUGUUCUCCAAGUACGAUGAGGGCGUGAAACUGGACGAAGAAGGAUGGUUUUCGGUUACGCCGGAGGAGAUUGCAGUCCGGCACGCCGAGCGGAGCGGCGGUGGAGUCGUCGUGGAUUGCUUCGCCGGCGUCGGUGGGAAUUCCAUUCAGUUUGCUAAAAUGUGCUAUCAUGUUGUUGCUAUUGACAUUGAUCCUCAAAAAGUGGAAAUGGCAUUAAGUAACGCAAAAGUCUACGGCGUGGAAGAUUAUGUUGAUUUCAUUGUUGGAGACUUUAUCCAACUUGCUCCUUCUCUAAAGGGGGAUGCAGUAUUUCUCUCUCCACCAUGGGGAGGUCCGUCAUACAAAGCAACGAAGAAUUUUACCCUUGAUUUAUUGAAGCCGAAAGAUGGGUACUCAUUGUUUCAAAUUGCUCAAACAAUAACGCCUAACAUCAUUAUGUUCUUACCGCGGAAUGUGGAUUUGCUCCAAGUGGAAGAACUUUCAUGGCUGUCUUCUCCUCCAUUAUGUGUUGAGAUUGAAAAGAAUUAUGUGAACAGCUAUUUAAAGGGCAUAACUGCGUAUUUUGGUGAUGCUGCAUUUGGGAAAAUGGAAUUAUCUUGAACUUUUCGGGCUUUGAAGCAUUCUCCUGAUUAACCAGCAUACAGUUUCCUGAGGGACAUAACAUGAAGUUUAAUCUUUGUGUACAGUUUGUCUUCUCCACUAGUGACUACAUUCUUGAGAGAGAGAGAGAGAGCUGAAUUGGAAUUGCCCUUGCCCUUGCGAGCGAGGCUGUGUAAAACGUUCAUGUAGUUGAAUUGUCCUUUCUCUCUGAGCUUUUGUCAAAACAAGAAAUUAUGGACUCCAAGGGCUUAUUCAGUUUGAGUUGACUGUAUUGUUUAUUCAGCUUGAA